GAGAGACAGACAAGCUUUAAAGCUCUUCUUCAAAAACUUUACAUUUUCCUAAUUUUGUGACUUUUAUCACAAGUGAACACACACUGACCAUGGAGCAGUUUGCUGCCCCUAAAGGUAGAAAGAGGUGCAGGGAGGCUGAUGUUGAAGAGUCACCACCCAGCAAAAGACACCAUGCUGAGGAAGGACAGCGACUCUCACCAGCCGAAACUGCAGGAACGGCUUUGGUCAAUGAGCCAUUCACCCCGGUGAGCCCUGGUUACAAACUUAAAUACCCUAAAGUGGUGAUGCUGUCUCAGAAGCGGAUGUACAUGAGAGUGUACAAGGAAAUAUCUAAAGAGUACUGUGUCCUUCAUGCACGUGUCGAUGGCCUUGAAACAUGCAGCCAUCUGCAACCAAGACCAAAAAUGUUUCAGAAAGUGCAUGAGGGCACCCAAGCAGACAAGAACUUGCUUGAACAGAACCUGAAUCAAACUAACCUGAGACAGCGCCUCUUUUACUUACACCACAAGCUCUCUCACAUCAAGAGGCUUUGUGAUGAAUUUGACUACUGGAGGAGGAAGCAAUUAAAGACCAAAGCCAAAAGAAGCCAGGACAGAAACAAUCCUGGACAUUUUUAAUCUUACUUUACACCUUCUUUACACCACCUUAUUUUAUUCUCUUCCCUUUCUGUCCCCUUUUUAGCUUUUUUAAAAUGUUCUUCCCUCCAAAUUAUAUUUAAAUUAUAUUUGUUAAAUCUCCCUUAGUCAUACUAUAUUUUACUAUGUGAGUACAACAGUACCAAACCAUGCAGGUGUAAAUGCACAAAUACACAUACAGUCUCUAAUAGCUUCAGCACAUCCCCCAAAGUAAUUCAUGUUUAUUACCUUAUACCUUACAAGAUUAUAGCAACUAAGAUUAAUGCAGUGCACAAAUACACUUCAUACCCUUUAGUACUUGUACUUUAAAUUCUUAAUAUAAAUAUGUAUGAAUUUGCAGCUACAAAACGUUUAAUGUCCUUUUAGAGAGUAAAUUAGUUUUAUAUUAGUAUUUCUAAAGUUGUAUUUUCUGUUUUUUGUAGAUAGUGCUCUUCUUGUUCCUCUGUUGUGACCCUGAACAUGCUGGAGUAAUUAGCUAUUUCUGGUAAAUAGAUGGUUACUCUGUCUCUUACCCGACUAGUUAGCUUAUUAUUCAGGUUGGCUAGUUGGCCUAAGAAGGCCUUGUGCUUGCCCUAACCCAAUAACAAAGAAACAAGAAGAUCUACAGUGUCCACUGUCUACAAAAAACAGACAAAUCUGUAUUCAAUUGUUUUAUUUUAUUAUUUAAGUAUUUUAAAUUUGGCUUAUUUUACAUUUUUAAUGUUAUACUCCAGACCCUGAUGUAUUCAUUUGUGGAACAUGUUAAAGACUGUAUGUGCAUAUUUGCAUUUACGCUUGCAAUUUGAUACUGUUUUACUUACAUUUUAGCAUAUUCUAUUUUUCACUCAAAACACUUUUAAACUCCAAUGAUUGGAGUCACUCUGGUUGAUAGAGGAGAUAAUUAUUCUGUCUAACCCAAUUUAACAGAAAUUAUGAUUUUUCUCUCAUUUUUGUUUACAUUUAAACCCAUUAUCCCCAGCACUAGGACAAAUGCUCUACAUCUUUCUUACCUCACUCUUGACCUUUUUCCUGUUCCCUAAAGUAAAACAUCAAACAAAUAAAAUAUCAGUGCAUUGAAAA